CACUCCCUUCCUGCUGCAUCACAACAGCCGCUAGCAGCUCGAGUAGCACCAGUGACCGGGGGGGGGCCGCAACACAGGAUUUAUCCGCCAGCCAGCUCGUUGACAGAGAGAGAGGGGAGAGAGGAAAGAAGAGAGAACCCGACCACCCCGCGGACCCUGCAGCGCCCCAGCGACGUCCUGACUUCGGGGGCUUGACGGACAGGAACUCGGCUGCAGCGCGAUAGCCCCGCUCCAGCUGUUGGGACAUGGCCAGGCCGGAACAGGUUCUGCUCCUGGAGCCUCCGCACGAGCUGAAAUUCAGAGGUCCAUUCUCAGAUGUGGUCACCGCAAACCUCAAGCUCUCCAACCCAACAGACAGAAAUGUGUGUUUCAAGGUGAAGACGACGGCACCACGCCGGUACUGUGUGCGGCCAAACAGUGGAAUUAUCGAUGCAGGCACCUCAAUCAAUGUCUCAGUUAUGCUGCAGCCUUUCGAUUACGACCCCAAUGAGAAGAGCAAACACAAGUUCAUGGUCCAGUCCCUGCUAGCACCUCCUGACAUGACUGACAUGGAGGGAGUGUGGAAGGAGGCGAAGCCAGAUGAGCUGAUGGAUUCUAAGCUGAGGUGUGCUUUUGAGUUGCCACUGGAGAACGAGAAAACGGCCCCACACAAUUUUAGAGAUAGCUCAUCACGAUCUGAGCAGAGUCCGGAGGUGAAGAAGAUCAUUGAGGAGUGCAAGACGAUGCAGAUGGAGGCGCAGAGGCUGAGGGAAGAAAACAAACAGAUUAGGGAGGACGACGGCCUGCGGAUGAGGAAGAGCAACGUGAUGUCUUCUCAGCACCCCUCCGUGGCCAUGAAGAAAGAGGAAGGGUUGAGCGUCCGCACCGUGUUCCUCAUCAUGCUCUUCUUUGUGGUGGGCGCCAUCGUGGGCAGGUUGAUCUUGUAGAGGGCGGAGCAGUUUGGCCGGCCGAAGCAUGCUUUCUGGGGAUGAAAACAAAACAAGAGAUCUGGGAUUUUGGAUAAAAAAAAUGCCACAUCCGCUAGGUGUGGAGGGGGGAGGGGCGGUACAAUAUUCGAUUCAGUCUAAUUUAUGUAAAAAAAAUAUAUACAAAUUCAAAGAUGAUGUACAUGAAGAAAAAAUGUAAACAUCAUCUUAUGAACAAACCCACUGUUCCAGGUCUUGCCUCUACGUAAUCAUCACAUAAUCAUUCUGGCCCUCUUCCCAAACGCCUCAUGCAUACAGAUGACUGGUUCUGUGGAUGGGGAGUAAUAGAAACGUGAUUUAAUGCUCGUGAUUCAGACGAAUGGAUUUUUUUUAAAACACCGGCGAGGUAGUGUUGGUGCGAUUGAGUCAGUUUGCAAUUGUGCGAAUGUCAUUUACGUGUAUUGUUUUUCUUUUUCUAAAUGACAGAGGCCAGACCUUACGUAUAUAUGUAUACGUAAUCCCCCCCACCUCCCCUCCCCCACACACUGUACAGUAUAUCCAGGUGUUCCAGCUUAACCCCCUUUAAGGAAGGGCUGUACCAGAGAGAUGAUCCACACAGUCGGGGUUUCACACAGGGCUAUCAACCUGACUCCUGCAAUCAGAGGCUUUGUAAAAUCAGCUCGUCUUUUGUUUGUAGAACCUCGAUCAGUGUGGGAAACACUACAGCGUAUUAUCUUUCUUCAUGUCCCGUUUUGUUUUAAGUCCACUUUACUCCCAUCACCUGGUGUUCACCACAUCCCCGCUUGACAGAGGGGGAUGUUUGAUUGCAUGCAUUCACACACGAGUGUUGCAUCUGGACUUUUGAAUCUAAUUUAAUUGCUUUUAUAAUUGUCAUAAUAAUAUAAUAUGGUUGUAGGUUUUCACAACGACAUUGUCUGAUUUUGUUCUUUUCUUCAUUUCUAUUGCAUUUUUAUGAUUUUAAGUAAAUUCUUUUUUUUUGUUUGUUGUUGUUCGGGUUGAAGCAUUUAAGAAUUAUCACAGCUACCAGAAACGAGAUUUGUAUGGAUCUUCUGUAAAUGUUCUACAGAUGAAGGACUUGCCUUGUGACCUGUUUGGACGUGUUAUUCUCAGUCCAAGAAUAAACUAAACAAAAAAAACAAAAAACAGAACGAAUUGUUUCAUCUCCAAAUUUUGAGGAAUAAAAGCAGUGGAGAUUCGCUCUCUAAUAUUUGAAGGAAAAAGAUGAAUUGGUAAACACGUUUCCAAGUGAAUCCACAAGAUGAGUGAACAGCCGUAAAUUCCCCUUUGCUAAACCAAAAAUAAAAGAUUAAACUACUCCAGCAUCCUUCCAUGUUCAGCGGAGGAGAAGAUGAUAGAAUUGUCCGGUGGGUAAAAGACUAAAGAGUUUCUACUGUAUCUCUGUAAGGUUGUUGGGUUGAGGAUGACUUGCGGCUUAGAGGGAGGGCAGAGCAGACCUGUCAUCAAGUCUGGGUCACACAGCACUAGCACACAGUUCUUCUUGUUCACUGAAUUCCGAAUGGAGUAUUUUAACAUUUAAUGCAAGGAAAGUACUUCCAAGUACCGGAGUAUAGUGUUGUUGGUACUCCAAGUAGAACUUUUAACAGACAAAAAUAACUGUGUAAAUGCUAACGGAUCCAGACCCAGUUGUAAAACUAAACUGACCGAGUCUCUGACCAUCACCAUGAACAAUGUAAGCAGUCGGGAAACUGUUUUGUAUGUAUAUAAAUAAAUAAAUAACUCUAUCUGAGAAGAAGAUUAAUAUACCUAGUCAAGUAGUCUAUCUGGUGUACAAAAACAACCCAACCUGGUUGGACUAUGUAGCAUCUUAAUAAAUUAAAUGAAUAAAACCCCA